AUGAUUAGAAAUGGAGUUAAAUAUAGCGUGUUCAGAAUAACUCGGGUCUUCUAUUCAACGAGAUAUGAUGAUCAAUAUUUUUCUCGAAGUCCAUUAAAUUAUGAAACAUUAUCAAAGAGGUUAAACCAGUUUUACAAGUCAUUUCCUCCAAAUAACAGUGAAGCAACAGUACAAGAAGGAUUAUUUGUUAACUUCAUUAAAGCCAACAGAAGCUUGCAGAGGAAGAAUUCUGAAAUACAAUCGAAGAUCGGAUUCAAUGCUGAUCAACGUAACCAAUGCACUAGUUUCCUUGACAUUUUGUCCGUUUCUAAUAGUGAUAUGGAAGCAAAGAUACUAGACGUUUUUAAAAGGUAUGUCACUCAAACCCAUAUGAGCGACGAAGUUGUAAAGGCAUAUCUUUUGUUAGAACCAAGACCAAGUAAUAUCCAUCAUUUAAUUCUGACUGUUCGGGAAAACUUUCAACGUAAUUUAAAGAAGGAAAGAGUGAAUAAGUCAGUUGUACAAACAGCUCUCAACGUGUUAUUGGCAAAGAAGGACUACUAUAACUGUUUUAAAUUAAUUGAUUUGACGUAUUGCUCGAAAGAAUAUUUGAAAUUUUGCAAAAAGCGCAACUAUAGAUUACUAGGAACUAUUUUACUGACAAGUUUGGCCGCCACAAUGCUAGGAGGCUCUUUGCUUCUGUCAAUUCCUUUGUAUUACUUGAUGUUUUUGAACUUAGGAGUACCUUUGGGUAUAAUUUGGUAUAUUAUGAAGAUAAACUUAGUAAAACAUCUAGGUAGGGUGAGUUGGAGACCAUAUAAUAAUUUCAUACAUAUAAAAAAUUACCAAAAUGAAAUCCUUGCAGUAAAUAAAGUUAUUACACAUUUUGAGGAGCAUAAUGAAGUCAAUAUAAAAAACUUCCAUCAUAGUAAAGUACGACAAAUCUCAAACUUGAAUAUUUUUCACGGAAAUGAUUAUAUCAUAGAACUACCUAAUACCAAUGGUCUUUUACCAAUUGAUGAUGAAAAUACCUUCUAUGAAGACCCUGAAAUAUUAAAGCUACAAGGAUUCAUCAGACAAGAAAUACGCAAACGUAAAAUGGUUCUUAAUGAUAUUCAAGAGGAAUUGAUGUUUUUAGAAUUUUGGUAUACACAUGGUGAAAAUUUUGAAUGGGUUGAGCCCGAUCAGGAUCCAGCGGAAAUUAUUAGACUAAAAAUUACUAAUGAGUACCCCAAAGUCUAG